AUGUCCUCCUUGCUGAAAGUGGAUCAGGAGCUGAAGAAGAAGGUUGACUGCUUCCGAGAGAGAAUCACAAAUGAGGCUGAAGAUCUUGUUGCCACUUUUUUCCCAAAGAAAUUGUUAGAACUGGACAGCUUUCUGAAGGAGCCCAUGCUUAAUGUUCAAGACCUCACACAAAUACAUUCUGAAAUGAAUUUGCCAGUACCAGAUCCCAUUCUGCUGACUAACAGUCAUGACGGAUUGGAUGGUCCCAACCUUAAGAAGCGAAAACUGGAAGAUGGUGAUGAUCACUGCCCAGGCACCAAAGUUUUUGUGAUGCCCAAUGGAAUGUUGAAGAGUAAUGUACCUCUAGUUGAGAUCAUUGAAAAAGUGAAGCCGGAGAUCAGGUUACUCAUUGAGAAGUGCAAUACCGUAAAAAUGUGGGUUCAGCUUCUUAUUCCAAGGAUAGAAGAUGGCAAUAACUUUGGGGUGUCUAUCCAGGAAGAGACCGUGGCUGAGUUGCGAACAGUGGAGAGUGAAGCUGCAUCAUAUCUUGAUCAGAUUUCCAGAUAUUAUAUCACACGGGCCAAACUGGUUUCCAAAAUCGCAAAAUACCCUCAUGUGGAAGAUUAUCGACGUACUGUGACAGAAAUAGAUGAAAAAGAGUAUAUCAGCUUACGGCUAAUAAUAUCAGAGCUGAGAAACCAAUAUGUGACAUUACAUGACAUGAUCUUCAAAAACAUUGAGAAAAAUCAAAAGGCCCAGGAACAGUAAUGCUGAAACACUCUACUAA